UUGGUGGGAGGAGCUUCCAGAAGCGAGGGCUGCCCUUGUGCGCAUGCGCAGAGAAGGAAAACCGGCCUAGUCAGUCCCCGGAGCCUUUUUCUGUCGGCGCAGCCAUGUCGAUUUUCACUCCGACGAACCAGAUCCGGCUGACGAACGUGGCGGUGGUGCGGACGAAGCGGGCCGGGAAGCGCUUCGAGAUCGCUUGCUACCGGAAUAAAGUCCUCGGCUGGCGGAGCGGAGCGGAGAAGGACCUGGAGGAGGUGCUGCAGACGCACACGGUGUUUGUCAACGUCUCCAAGGGUCAAGUGGCCAAGAAGGAGGACCUCCUCAAAGCCUUUGGGACAGACGACCAGACGGAGAUAUGCAAGCAGAUCCUGUCCAAAGGGGAGCUGCAGGUGUCGGACCGGGAGCGCCACGUGCAGCUGGAGCAGAUGUUCCGGGACAUCGCCACCAUCGUGGCCGACAAGUGCGUGGACCCCGAGACCAAGCGGCCGUACACCGCCGGGCUCAUCGAGAAGGCCAUGCGCGACGCACACUACUCCGUCCGGCCCGGGAAGAGCACCAAGCAGCAGGCCUUGGAGGUGAUCCAGCUGCUGAAGGGGACUCUGCGCAUCGACCGGGCCCAGAUGCGGCUGCGCUUCCUCCUCCCGGCCAAGGAGGGGCGCCGCCUUAAGGAGAAGCUCCGCCCCCUCAUCAAGGCCAUCGAGAGCGAGGACUUUGGGCAGCAGCUGGAGAUCGUGUGCUUGGUGGACCCGGGCUGCUUCCGGGAGCUGGACGAGCUUGUGCGCCGGGAGACGAAGGGCCAGGGGACGCUGGAGGUGCUCAGCCUCAAGGACGUAGAAGAAGGAGACGAGUCCUUCUAAGAGGACAGAACCACCAUAAAAGGAAGCAUAACCUUGUAAUAACCUGGGGAUAGAUAACCUGUAAUGCUUUUGGGAUGCUUACAGGGACAGAAACCUUUGAAAGCCCUAAAAGCCUGUGUGUAUAUAUAUAUAUGUAUAUGUGUCUGGACCUAUAGAGACACACACACACACACACCAAUUAUAUAACGGAGGGGGUCAGAGGCCCAAGAGUCCAAUGUCAUUACAUAUAGAGAGGGGACACACAUAUGUAUUUAUUAUAUAUAUAAAUAUAUGUAUAUUAUAAAUAUAUAUGUAUAUAUGUAUAAUAUAUAUGUGUGUGUGUGUGUGUGUAUAUGUCUCCUCUUUGUAUGUGUGUGUAUUAUUACUUCUUACCUGCCUCUCCUUAUGGCUCGAGGCAAGUUACAAAACAAUUAAAACACACAAACAAAGCACAUAUAUACUCCUCUCUCUAUAUAUGUGUAUAUCCUAUAUAUUACACACACACACACACACACAUAUAUAUAUAUAUAUAUCCUAUAAUACACACACACACAUAUAUAUACUAUAUAUAUGCACACUAUAUAUGUGUGUGUGUGUUGUGUAUGUAUGUAUAUAUGUGUGUAUAUAUUGUGAUAUAGAUAUAUAUAUAUCCUAUAUACACACACACACACACACACACUCUUUAUAUAUGUAUAUAUGUCUUUAUAGGAUUUUAAACAAAGCACAUAUAUAGUCCUCUCUCUCUAUAUGUGUAUAUCCUAUAUAUUACACAUAUGCUAUAUAUCCUAUAAUAUAUAUACAUAUAUAUAUAUAUAUACAUCAUAUAUAUACACAAUAUAUAUAUAUAUAUAUGUGUGUGUAUGUUGUGUAUGUAUAUAUAUGUUGUGUAUGUAUAUAUUGUGAUAUAUAUAUAUAUAUCCUAUAUACACACAAACUCUAUAUAUAUGUAUAUAUGUCCUUAUAGGAUUUUAAACAAAGCACAUAUAUAGUCCCCUCUCUCUCUAUAGGUGUAUAUCCUAUAUAUUACACAUAUACUAUAUAUUCUAUAAUAUAUAUACACACACACAUAUAUACUAUAUAUAUGCACACUAUAUAUGUUGUGUAUAUAUGUGUAUAUAUAUAUAUGUGUGUGUGUGUAUAUACUGUAUAUAUAUAUAUAUCCUAUAUAUACACACACACACUCUCUCUAUAUAUAUAUAUGUAUGUAUGGCCUUAUAGAUUUUACACUUCUGAAGCACAAGAUUUUAGGAAGGUUUCCUCCAUUAUUUUUCCCUGAAUAUGAGAUGCGAUGACAGAAAGACAAUAUGGAUAUAUAAAGGUGUGUGUAUGUGUGUAUGUAUGUAUAUAUAUAUAUAUAUAUAUAUAUAUAUAUAUAUAUAUAUGUUUGUGUGUGUGUUUCCUCUGCUGGUUUCGUAAGGAUGGAGUGCAAUAAACAAACCUUAAUUGGGA